AUGGCGUCCCGGAAGCAGGAGCGUCAGCUCCAACAGGCCCGUGAGGCCGGGCAGAUCGAGCCCGAGAUGGACACGGAGACAGGCAAGAUGAUCAACCCCCAUAACCCGGAGUUCAUCACCAAGCGGCCGUGGUACCUGGGAGAGUCCGGCCCUUCCCUGGUGCACCACAGCAAGCAAAAGGUUGACGCCGUGCUUACCAUGAAGAAGGCGGACGAGCUCGUGCAGCAGCGCUGGGCUACCAAGAAGAAGGCCGCCACGGGGUAUCGGAAGGGUGCCUGCAAGAACUGCGGCGCGAUGGGACACAAGGCCUCCGAGUGUGUGGAACGGCCUCGGAGCGGCAAGAAGGCGGCGAUGAAGACGGGGAUGGACAUCGCCGCGGACGACGUCCAGACCGACCUCACUUCGCACGGAAAGGUGUCCUUCGACGCGAAGCGGGACCGCUGGCUGGGCUACCACCCGGAUGAGCACAAGCACACCAUCGAGCGGUUCAACAAGAUCGACCAGGAGAGGAGGAGGGCGAGGAGAGAAGAUGCGGAGAAGCAGGAGGAGCGGAGGAAGGCCAAGGAAAAACUGCGGGAGAUCAGAAAGGCCGCAAAAGCCGCAGCAGCGGCGAAAAGCGGCACAACCGGUGUCGGUUCGGCGUCCAACGGGGGAGGCGCGAAUGGUACCGCUUCAGCGAGCGGCGGCGGUGCGAACGGGACCGCUGCUGUGGAUAGCGAUGACGACGACAGCGAUGUUGCCGGGGGAGGCAAGGGCAAUGAGAGCGAGAAGGACAGCGAUGAGGACACGGGGUCGGACUCUGACGCUUCCGACUACGACUCUGACGAGGAUGGGGGCUCCGAAGAUGAGGACAACCGGGAGUUCGUGCAGAAGGACGUCGAGCAGAGGGAUUUCCAGGGUCGAGUGGCCCGGCAGGGUGGUCUCGGUGGUGCCCAGAUGAAGACAACUGUGCGAAACCUGCGUAUCCGAGAAGACAGGGCCAAGUACCUCUACAACCUCGACCCCAACUCGGCCUACUACGACCCCAAGACGCGUGCGAUGCGCGACAACCCCAUGCCCGAGACGGCGGCGGAGGACCUCGUCUUCGCUGGAGACAACUUCAUCCGUUACACCGGCGACGUCCGGGAGCAAGCUCGCACGUCGGUGUUCGCGUGGGAGGCGGCCGAUCGCGGGCAGGAGGUGCACCCCGUAGCGGACCCCAGCCAGGCCGAGAUGCUCAGGAAGAAGUUCGACGACAAGAAGACCACUCUCAAGGAGGAGCAAAAGCAGCGCAUCCUCGACAAGUACGGAGGGUCGGAGCACCUGGACGUGCCGGACGCGAGGCUGCUGGUGGGGCAGACGGAGAGCUACGUGGAGUACGACCGCACGGGCCGUGUCGUCAAGGGCGCGCCGAAGGCCGUCGCGAAAUCUAAGUACGAAGAGAACGUGUUCCCGUCGAACCACACGUCGGUGUGGGGCAGCUACUUCGACAAGAGGUCGAUGAGGUGGGGCUUCAGCUGCUGCCACUCGCUCACGUUCAAGUCGUACUGCACCGGAGAGGAGGGGAAGGUUGCGAACGAUGAGGCCAACUCUGUGCUCAACGUCGACCUGGCGGGCGAGCGGAAGAUGCUCGAGGGAAGAAAGGAGGGGGAAGCGUCCAAGGUGCCGGAGAUGACGGCACGAUCGGACCUCUACGGAGAGGGUACGGCUAACGUUGACCUAGACGAGGACAAGCUCAAGGAGGCGGUGAAGAAGCAGAAGGCGUUCUUGAGCAAGGGGGGAGGGGAGGUGGACGACCGGAAGCGCAAGUACAACUCCAUGACGUCAUCGGAUGUGACGAAGGAGGACAUGGAGGCGUACCGGUUAACCAAGGCCAACAACGACGACCCCCUCGCGAACCUGAGCUCCGAUGUGCUGCUCGACGAGGACAACGGAAAAUCGAAGUAGGCGUGCCCCCCCCCCCCCCCUACUGUACCGCGGGGGUUUCGUUACUGGUUUUCUUCAAGUUCUGAAAGUAUGUUUUUCGUGUCUCGACAGAAGACAAUGCAACGCAGCUUGCCUCGGGCAACCGUACUGGUCCUCUAAAGAUAUUCUCGGCAGGUUCAUUUUUCAUGGUGGUGGGAGUAUAUUUUCGUAUUUUCGUGUCGACAAGAAGUUAGAAAAACAGGGAGAAGGAGGACGUAUGGUGGAAAGGAAGCAUGGUAUCUAUGUAGACAAAUGGUGGAGAUAGAAAAGAGCACUAAGGAAGCCAGCGUGGAAAGGGAGGAAGAUGGGGGGGUAGUAGGAGAAGAGUGCUUGGUGCUACCACUUUGGCGGAGGCAUGAUUGGCACAAACAUUUAUUUGUCGGGUUUGUCUACUAGCCCGAUGGGCGGGGGAAGCGAAUGCGAAAAUUGUAAAUU